AUGCUUCCCUACCUCUUUCCUGACCUCUCUGCCUUUCCCACUGUCGCUGACCUCAUUACGCACCUCCGCACUAGUGACACUCGCUACCGCGCCGCCCUUCCUGCUGAGUUCAGCGCUAAGAACCCCCCCCCCAUGUACAUCGCUCUCUACUACGUAGUCGCGCGCCUCCCUGACUCCCUUCGCGUCGUCAGGGACCACUUUCUCGCAGUCUGUCCCACCACCCUCAUCGUCGACCUCCUCGAGAAGGCCCUCCUUGCAGCGGAGAAGAGCAUAGUCGCUGUAGGUGCUUCUCGUGGUGACCCUCGCACCCCCAUCUUUGAGGGGUGCUCUCCUUCCCCCUUGCUGCCCUCUGUUGCCUCUGCUGCUGCUGCCGACCUGCUUGGUCUUGAGGCGCGGGUGGAGCUGGAGGGGGCGGUGGCGGUGGCGGCGGUGGCGGCGGAGGGAGUGGGGGGUGGCGGCGGGACUAGUGGCGGGGGUGGUGGUGGUGGUGGUGGCAGCAGCGGCGGAGACGGUGGUGGUGGUGCCAGCGGUGGUGGUGGAGGCAGCGGCGGAGGUGGAGGCGGCGGAGGUGGAGGCGGUGGAGGCGGCAGCGGAGGAGGCAGUGGUGGUGGAGGAGGUGGAGCUGGUCGGGGUGGUACCCAGCAGCGUAGCGGCGGUGGUGGUGGCCAGCGCUCGCACCGGCAGCAGCAGCAGCGCUCGCGGGACAUCCCUUCGCCUCAGCAGCUUCGUGAGUGGUACGCUGGGCGUCAGAGGGGUGGGGGUACUGGUCCCUGCACCUACGUUCUUCGUUCCGGCGACCGCGCGGGUGAGCAGUGUGGGGGUGCCCACGCCACCCAGCGCUGCUUUGGCCGCCUGACGGACGCCUGGCGUCAGCAGUUCCCUGGGGCUAGUGAGAUCCCUCGCUGGGAUGAGCUUCUCAGGGCUGGUGUAGCGAUCUUUGAUCUUGAUUUUGAUGCUAUCCUUACUGCUAUGUAUGUUGUGGAUUAUAGUGAGGAGAAUGAGGGUUACCGUUGUUUCCAGCCCGACCCGGGCAUUGGUACUGCUGCGCUAGGUGCUUGUGAGGCUGCUGCUCUAGGUGCCAGUGCGUCUGCGCUCUCAGGUACUGGUGAGACUGCGCUCUCAGGUACUGCGUCGUCCUCGUCCUCCCUCACUUUCACACUUGACUCCGGAGCUUCUCGCUCCUUCUUUCGAGACCGCACUACCCUUACGCCGCUCGGCCGGCCGGUUGCAGUCUCCCUUGCUGACCCCUCUGGAGGUCCUGUCCUGUCUCACUUCUCCACUGUCCUCCCGUGUCCGGCUGCCCCUUCGGGCACCCUGUCGGGUCUGUACCUUCCCUCGUUCUCCACGAACUUGGUGAGUGGAGCGGACCUGCAGGAUGGAGGUGUUCACCAGUUCACUCCUGCGAGUCAGCGGGUGACCCACUGCACGGAGGCACGCACGGGCCGACACCUGGCCACGUUCUCGCGUCGGCCGGGGUCGAGUCUCUACACCCUGACCGUUGAGUCUCCUCCUGUCCCUGCGUCUGGUCAGGUGGCUGCGUCGGGUCAGGUACUUGCUGCUGCGUCCCGGUCAGGUCCUGAGUCUGCCCCCUGUUCUUGUCGCCUCCUGUCUCACGAGACUCUCCUGUGGCACCACCGUCUUGGCCACCCCUCCUUGCCCCGUCUUCGGAGCAUGGCUUCCCGUGUCCUUGUCUCUGGUCUUCCCCAGUCUCUCCCUCCUCUCCCCUCCGGGCCAGGACCUUCCUGUGUCCCCUGUGUCGAGGGUCGCCUCCGGGCUACUCCUCACUCCUCCCACUUCCCCCCGACAGAGGCUCCCCUGCAGACGCUUCACAUGGAUGUGUGGGGCCCAGCCCCCGUCCGUGGGCAGGGUUACGAGCGCUACUUCCUGUUGGUGGUUGACGACUACUCGCGUUACACCACAGUCCUCCCCUUGCGCAGCAAGGGUGCUGUCACUGAGGUGCUGAUCGACUGGAUCCGCGAGGCUCGUCUCCAGCUCAGGAAGAGCUUCGGCUCGGACUUUCCUGUUCUGCGUCUGCACUCUGACAGAGGCGGAGAGUUCUCUUCUCGCCUUCUGCGAGACUACUGUCGUGCACGGGGGAUCCGCCAGACCUUCACGCUUCCGGACUCACCACAGCAAAAUGGGAUUGCUGAGCGCCGCAUUGGCAUGGUCAUGGAUGUCGCUCGUACGUCCAUGAUGCAUGCGGCUGCCCCCCAUUUUCUGUGGCCGUUUGCGGUGAGGUACGCGGCGCAUCAGCUCAACCUUCACCCCCGGGUCUCUCGGCCUGCGAUGUCCCCAGUCUUGCUGUGGACGGGGAAGGUUGGCGAUGCGUCUGUGUUCCGUGUCUGGGGAUCUCGGGCGUUUGUCCGCGACUUGUCUGCGGACAAGCUGUCCCCUCGUGCUGCUCCCUGUGUCUUCCUUGGCUUCCCCACUGACGCCCCAGGGUGGCAGUUUUACCACCCCUCCUCUCGUCGUGUUCUGUCCUCCCAGGACGUUACGUUCGACGAGUCAGUCCCCUUCUACCGUCUCUUCCCCUACCGCACUCCUUCCCUCCCCCCUCCCCCGGACUUCCUUGUGCCGGUUCCCCCCCCGGUAGACCCCCUCCCCCCUCAGGUUCCUGCCCCCUCAGGUGUGUUCCAGGUAGACGCCGUUGACCCGGUCGAGGUUACUGGUGACUCUGGUGCUGCUGCGGGUGCUGAGCCUGGGGGUGCUGACUCUGGGGGUGCUGUGCGCGGGGGUGCUGAGCCUGGGGGUGCUACUGCUGGGGGUGCUGGGCCUGAGGGUGCUACUGCGGUGGGUGCGGAGCCUGGGGGUGCUGUGCCUGGAGGUGCUGGGCCUGGGGGUGCUGGGUCGGGAGCUGCUGAGCCUGGGGGUGCUGAGCUGGGAGCUGCUGAGCCUGGGGGUGCUGCGUCUGGAGCUGCUGAGCCUGGGGUUUCUCCUGCUGCUGCGUCUCGCCGGGAGCCCCUCUCUCCAGAGGAGCUGCGUGAGUGGUUCGCUCGCCGCUGGAGGCGUGCUGCUGAGUCUGGAGGUGCUGUUGGAGCUGGAGCUGGAGCUUCUUCGACCGUCGAGGGUGCGGGUGCUGCCGGUCCCGGAGCUGCUGGACCUGCGGGUCCUCCUGGAGCUGGAGCUGCUGAGGGCGUUCGUGCUGAGCCUGCUGCUGUUGGUCCUACCGCUGGAGGUGUGGGUGGCGCUGGUGCUGUCGCUAAGGGUGCUGGUGCUGUCCCUGCUGAGUCUGGAGCCGCCGCGCGGCCUCGGCCGUACUUCGUUCCGCUCCUGCAGCAGGUUCUUGGUCUUUCUCCUCCAGUAGAGGGUUCACCGCCUGUCCAGUCACAGUCCCUGCUGGAGCCUUCCUCUCCACUGCCUGCUCCCUCUCCUUACACUGGUCCUACUGGAGGUCUUGCUGAGCGUCGUGAGCCUGCGUCUCGUCCCGCGUCGCCUGUUCGUGCUGCUCGCGCUAGUGGUCGCAGUUCGCGUCAGCGUCCUCCUCCUGUUCCUGGCACGCACCGGAUGUCUCUGCGUCCGUCCACUGCUCCUCUGCGUGCCCCUUUGCCUUCUCCUCCUGAGUCCUCUCUUCCUGCGCUUGCCGACCCUGAGUCGGACUCUCUUCGUGCUGCCAGUCCUACUGUCACGCGUCUGCUUGCUACUGUCGUCACUGACCCCUCUUUUGAGUCCACUGCUGCGUCUGCUCUAGUCGCUGAGCUCGUCGACUUUGCUGCUCGCUGUCGUCUCGACUACGCUGCUAGUCUUGUUGCUGAGUCUGCGUCUGUCUGUCCUCCGUCCGUCGGGGGUGAGUGUGCUCUUAGCACGGACGUCCUAGAGGACAGGCAGGAGGAGUUACAGUGUCUAGCGGCUGCUUCACCUCAUCUCGCGUCUGUACUGCUUGCCCCUGAGGGAGACCCGGAUGCACUAGACAUCCCGACUCCGCGUUCUUACGCGGAGGCCGUAGAGGGUCCCUACUCCUCUCAGUGGCAGGCAGCUAUGGAUGCAGAGAUGGCUUCCUGGAAGUCCACAGGCACCUACGUUGACGCGGUUCCCCCUCCUGGGGCGAACAUCGUCAGUGGCAUGUGGAUCUUCAGGGUGAAGCGGCCGCCGGGCUCUCCACCUGUCUUCAAGGCACGGUACGUUGCUCGUGGCUUCAGUCAGCGGCAGGGAGUUGACUACUUUCAGACCUUCUCUCCCACCCCGAAGAUGACUACUCUUCGGGUGCUGCUGCACAUAGCCGCUCAGCGCGACUACGAGCUUCACUCUCUCGACUUCAGCACUGCGUUCUUGUAG